AUGAUUCAUGCCGAACAUUGGCAAAAGCGUCAGCGCUCUGCCGAAGAUCGUGCCUUUGAUGAGUUAAUAUCACUAGUUACGGAUCCGUGCGAAAUGUGCUUCGAAAUGAUUCACAUGGUGCAAUAUGCAAAACAAGGGGUUCAUCCCACAGUUUUCGAGUCUUGGAAUCCUCCUCAUUUAUAUGCGGAAUUUUGGAUUCUGAAACAAGCUCAGCUUGAAAACGUUCCAGUCAAACCACAAGAAGAAAGAAUUGUCAAGUCGCCCAUCCAUCAACAGCACCAGUCCAUUCAAGUUGAUCUGAUUGCUCCGGUUAUCUCCGACUCAGCUCCGGCCCCCAUUCACGAGGAUACAUCAAUAGAGAAAUCACCUGCUGUUAGGAGACCACAUCGUGGGAUUCCAGGUUUCCGUAGCAUUCUGCAGUGCGGUGCGAACACUUUGUGCGGAGACACUGUUUUCAUGGGAGCCACGACCGGUGCGUCUACAACCAUGACUCCGACAACCGCUCGUAUUAAUCGAUUGUUCCAGGACAGCACAACUGGGUACACUCAGUGCCAUAUAACAGACUCACCAUCCACAACGGAGAUCGCUACAACUCGUCUCAAUUUGAUGGAAAACACACCGACAGCGGAACGUAUCCGUCGCAUGUUUGAAGAGAUUACAACGGCGAAUCUAAAGCAAGGACCGGCGGAGGUGGCCGAAACUUUGAGCAAUUUCAUGUCAACCCGACCGGAUGACGUAGAAAACGAACCGCCGCAACAAGUCCAACGUCAGGACAAAGCAGGUAGCCUACGAGAUUCAGGUUUGAUUCUCGAUGGUAAGGUGGCUAGUGCUACGCACCAUUCUUUGAGAAAAAGCACCCAGGAACUUGAAAAAUCACGUGACGUCUCAGACGUAAGUAUGGAGAUCCCACUGCUUUCUCACCGUUGA